UGAAGACUCUUCGAUGGGAAUAGAUGCGUGUGCAGUGCGUCCAGUUCGGAAAUUUUGCCUUGUCUCUAUAGGAUUAAUGCUCUUUUGGCCCAAUUUUUAUCUUGCAUUUUAAUCGCGCCUUUUAUCCGGGAGACACUCUCCCUUGUUGGCCGGGCAAGUGACACGGCGGUGGGAAACGAAAUAAAAUGUGUUCAUGUGCUUAAAGUGGCUUAAGUAGUGGGAUUUUUCUGUGAAAAAAAAUACCGUGCGAGAGAAAAGGGCCGAAAAAAGAAGGAAAAUCUGUGAUGUGUUGCGUGGAAAAUGUGGGAGGAUAGAAAUGCCAUUUGUGGAUGGACACUUGAGGCGCAAUUUCCAAAUUUUCCACCAUUUCGCUGGAUUCACAGUGAGUUGGAGGAGGAAUGAAGAGCGAGGAAUUUUUUUUCGGGAAAUCAACCGUGAUGCAAUAAUUCAAAGAUGCAAUUCCUGCUGAAAUUGAGUUAUUUAUUGCUCCUUCUUCUCCAACAAUCCACAUCGAAUGUGAAUGGGCUCUUCGAUGGAGUUAAUAGUGCUAUUUUUGGACAACUCUCACCAAUAGAGGUGGUGGAGGAAUGGGGGUGUCAUGAUUCAGCCAUACGUCUAACCUGUAGUGAUCACCAGUCGACUAUUGCCAUACUCGAAGCGACUUUCGCCCCCAACUGCACAGACAACAAAAUCAACUGUCCAUUUUUCGACUCCAAAGGACGCAUUGUGCGGGCUUUCCUGCAGCCGCGAUAUGACAAUCGUCUGGAGGAGACGGAGGCUGGAAGGCGCUUCCUGGAGAGCCUUCGUCGAUCGCACGAGAGCCAGCAGAGCGCCGUGUACGAUGAGGAUGUGGAGGAGGCGGAGGAUUAUGAGGAAGUGAACUUCAAGGUGGGCGCCAGUCGGGAUGACACGAUAGUGCUGAAGGAGAAUCUCGAGAAGAUGCUGGUGGAGUAUCUGAAGCGAUUGACGGGCGAAGAUUUCGGUGCAGAGGUGGAGAAUGAGAUCGGCGAGGAUGAUAUUUCGCGACAGCGGCGAUAUCUGAGCGCCGGAAAUACCACAUCAGUGUCACAAAUGACUAUGGUGAUGGAUGAAAGUGUGAUUAGUGGCUUCAAUUUGACGGACGACGUUGAACUAAUUGAUAGUGAAAUUGAUGAGAAUGAUAGGAAGGUGCAGAGAGUAGAAAUUGGUGCUAGGAACAUCACGGUGGAGGCUUCGCCGGUGGAUCCAGAGCCGCCGAGGCGGUGGAAGCCACGCAAAUGGCAUGGCGAGAGAUUACAGUGCCACGAGAGGAGGCACAGAGUCGCUCGCCUGGAUCGUGUGGUGCUGGACAAAGCCGUGCAGAAUGAGUCGGAGCAUGAGUAUAACAUCAGGAGCAUUCUCAACUACAGAUGCUCCGGAAGGAAUCACUGCAGUUUCGUCUUUGCCGUCGAUCAUCCCUAUCGUCUUAUUUGGGACAGUGGAAUCGUGAGGAUAAAAUACGCUUGCAUGGAUGAUUUCCGCGUGACUAGAUAUUGUGGCGAGCACUUGGCCAUUGGCAAUGAAAUCCACACGAGCGAUGGGAAGGAUCAGGAGACGAAGGGCGAGCCCGUUGCUGAGGCGAGAAUCUCACUCGAUCAGCAGUUCCAUCAGUUCACCAAUUUGAAGAUUCUCAAAGAAGUACCAGCCACACUGUCGCCCAACGAGGCUCGGAAGCACCGCAUUUAUUCCCAGGAUUUUCGAAAAUUGAAGAUAUUGCCGAAGGAUAUGGACGAAUUUAACGACAUUGAGAAGAUAGGUGAUGAGUUUUACUUUAGAAAGGACGAAGGAGGUGACAAAACGACAGAACCACCGACUAUCGAGGACCCUGAAGAGAUUGACGAGCGCGUGGACGUGGGACAAGAUGGAGAGGAACACUUGGAGACCAAUCUAGUCGAGACAACUUCUGCUUAUGGUCAGAUGAAUAGUACAAUUAGGGAUAGCUUAGGCACUAGAGUAGAUUAUGGAAUUGACGCGGAGGGAACACGGAUGCCGUCGACCGAAGUGACGGAGAAUGGCGAAUCUGUCGGUGGCACAAGGCCAGAAUUGUGGGACAUCCUGACCAGAGGAGUGGCCACUGAGGGCUCCAUUCUGCUGGGGGAGGAUUUCAGUGAAGUGGAGUCCACUGUGCUAUCGGGCGUGCGGGAGAACGCCACAGAGAUGGAUACGAGAGAAAAAUCUGUGAUAAUUAGCAGUUAUGAGACAAAGGAUGGACUCGAGGACAGCGAGGAGGAAGAGGACGAUUAUUACUUCGACGAGUACGACUACAUCACGGGCUACAGGAACAAGGGCAGGAGGAAAUACAAGAGCGUCCAGAGGACCGCUUUGCGGAGUCCACUUCUGCAUGGGUUUGUCGUAACUCCUGGUUACCCGAAGUUCUAUGUAGGCGAGUGUGACUGCAAGUGGACGAUAACGGCCCCGGAGGGACAGAGGAUUCGCCUAACAUUGGUGGACAUCUCCCUGAGAGUCGAUAAUCCCUGUCGAGAUUACAUCACGGUCACGGAUUCGAGCCUCAAUCGUGUCCUGUUUAGCAGUUGUACAGAAAUCCUCCGUCCCAGACUCCUGAUAAGUCACUCCAAUCAGAUUGAGAUCAACGUGAAAUCCACGAGUAAGCUGGCUUAUCCCAAAAGAGGUGUGCUGUUUCACUACACUGCUGUUGGCUGUCUCACUCCUGACACCCCACCGAAUGUCCGUCUGGUUGAGAGGAGCGAAGAGGUGGCGCAAUUCAUCUGUGAUCCGUCGUUGGGCCUCGUAUUUCCCGACACAGCUGUUCACAGUCGCGUCUUGAAGUGCACGGAGCGUCACACGUGGAACGACUCACUGCCGGACUGCAUUGAUAAGGCCGAGACGAUCGGGAGUGGACUUGUGUUGCCCUACAACGUGCGAAGAGAAGCGCCUAGCAGCAUGGUUGACAGCGCUGACAUGGUUUACGAUAUCCUAAUUCCAUCUUUCAUCAUUGCCGGCCUCUUCAUCAUCAAUGCCAUCGUCUUUCUUGUGAUUAUGCGCUAUCGCAACAAGAGAAGGGAUCGCUACGGGGACGACUCGAAGGAAAUGGUGGAUCUCUGAAGAGAUGAAUUGAGGAGGAGGAGGAGGAGGAGAAGGAGCGGGAGAACGUGUAUAAUGAAUGAGUUGAAAAAAUAACAGCAUGAAGCCAAAGACUUUUACAACUAAAUAAUAUACCAACACUCCUUUUUAAAGUGGCCACACACACACGACACACACAAAAUUCUCUUAUUUUCUAAAAAUAUUUUAGAGAUUGCAUGACAAGGAAGGCGUUAUCUCUAAGCCCGUCAUAUCAUAUUCCAGAAUGAAAUAAGUGAACAAAAGAUUAAUGUAUUGGAAACAUUUUUGAGAGCCGCGCGCAUUUGCAUCGUUGACAACAUGAGAUUAUAGAGUCCAUAUUUAACAUAUUUAAAUAGAAAUGGUUACAAAUUGCAAAUAAAUCUUCCAGAAAGCUUUAGAUGCUACGUUAGACCGAAAUAACUUCAGUCACAUUCACAAUAACAAAAAAAGAAAUGAACCGGCAAAUAGGAAUGGCUUGCAGAGAUUGCAGAGAAAAAGGAAAAUAUUUACAGCUAGAGAAGCUGAAAAAUUUAAAAUUAUUGUGUAAUUCAAAAUAAAGAAAAUUAUGUGUCUGAAAA